AUGUCCACAACAAACCUCGCCCGCAAGGGCGGCGGAGUGGGCGCAGCGACAGUGGCAGCGUCGACGGCAGCGGCAAGACUCAAGGCCCGCGUCCAGCCGCGACUCCGCAGCGCGCUCGACACAUACCUCUCGCAUCGAAAGGGAGUGCAAAAGGCCUUGACUGUGGGGUUUGUGAUAUACUGCGUGUUUGGCGCAGUGUAUAACAUCUCGGGCAAGGGACCGAACAACAAGGAUGACCUCAACAACACGGGACGAGGCAAGCGGGGUAAAGGCAAGCACGCCGGGAAACCCAGAGUGUCCGCGUCCGACCCAGUGUUCCACGCCCGCCUCAAGAAGCUUCUCCGCAUCGUCAUCCCGGGGAUCCGGUCGCGCGAGGCCGCCAUGCUGGCGGUGCACUCGUGUUUCCUGCUCGCGCGUACUGCCCUGUCGCUCUACGUCGCCGACCUCGACGGAAGGAUCGUGUCCUCGCUCGUCACUGCACAGCCGCGUCUGUUCCUCAAGAACCUUCUGCGCUGGUGUGCCAUCGCCAUCCCGGCGACGUACACAAACUCCAUGCUUGGGUACCUCCAGAACGAGCUCAGCCUCGCUUACCGUACUCGACUCUCCAAGCACGUCCUCACAGAGUACCUGGAUACGGAAAACUCGAAUGGCGAGGACGAAAAGCUCUACUACAAGCUGGCCAACCUCGACGACCGCAUCAAGAAUGCCGACCAGUACAUGACGGUCGAUAUCCAGCAGUUCUGCAACAAGCUCGCUGAGAUUUACUCCAACAUUGCCAAGCCCGUGCUGGACGUCAUCCUCUACAACUACCAACUGUCGCGCAACGUCGGUGCCGAGGGUCUGGUCGUUCUCACUUUCCUCGUGCAGUCGUCGGCGGUCAUUUUGAAGGCCAUGACCCCUCCGUUUGGCGAGUACGCCGCGCACGAGGCCAAGCUCGAGGGCGAGCUGCGUUUCACCCACUCUCGUCUGUUGGAAAACUCGGAGGAGGUUGCCUUCUACCACGGCGAGGAGUUUGAGAAGAAUGUCAUUGAGCGCGGGUACUUUGCGCUCAUCAAACACGCCAACCGCGUCCUCCAGACCCGCGUCUGGCACGGCAUGGCCGAGGAGGGUGUCAUCAAGUGGGCGUGGGGAAGCUUUGGCCUUGUGGUCUGCGCCAUUCCCGUCUUCCUCGGCGGCGCGCUCGGUCUCAGCACCGGCGACCUCGGCAGCCGUACCGAGGGCUUUGUCACGAACCGUCGCCUCCUCCUGUCCUCGAGCGACGCGUUCGGCCGCGUCAUGUAUUCGUACAAGGAGCUCGCAGAGCUGGCUGGCUACACGGCCCGUGUGUCUGACCUCUUGGACGCCAUGGACGACGUCAAGGCCGGCAAGUACCAGAAGAAGCUGGUCAGCAGCGCCAGCACCGAGGAGAACGCCAAGAUGCUCGCGACCCGUGGCCAGAUUAUCGAGUCGGACGAGAUCCGCUUCGACCGCGUGCCCCUCAUCUCGCCCAACGGCGACGUGCUUAUCAAGUCGAUGAGCUUCAACGUCGAGCCCGGAAAGCACCUCCUUGUCGUUGGCCCCAACGGUUGUGGCAAGUCGUCGCUCUUCCGUAUCCUCGGCGGCCUGUGGCCCGUCUACGGCGGCAUCGUGUACAAGCCCCGCGAGAAGGAGUUUACGUACAUCCCCCAGCGCCCCUACCUCUGCACCGGCACGCUCCGCGACCAGAUCAUCUACCCGGACGCGCACGUCAACAUGCUCGCCAAGGGCAUCACCGACGACGACCUCACGGCCAUGCUCAAGGUGGUCGACAUGGACCACAUUGUCGAGCGCGAGGGCGGGUGGGAGGCUGUGCGCGAGUGGCGCGACGCGCUCUCUGGCGGCGACAAGCAGCGUAUCGCCAUGGCCCGCCUCUUCUACCACAAGCCCAAGUACGCCAUUCUUGACGAGUGCACGUCGGCCGUCACGCUCGACAUUGAAAAGGUGUUUUACGAGUACGCGACCGAGCUGGGCAUCACGCUCAUGACCGUGUCCCACCGCCCGUCGCUGUGGAAGUACCACAGCAUGGUGCUCCAGUACGACGGCCAGGGCGGAUACAUCUUCACUGAGCUCGACGCGGAGAAGCGCCUCGCCCUGCAGGAGGAGAAGCAGGACCUCGAGCACCGUCUCCUCGAAGUGCCCCGCCUCAAGGCGCGCCUCGAGGAGCUCAAGAACAUCAAGGCUCACCGCGAGCGGUUCGGUGGCGCGCUCCAGGUCCCUGCAGCCCCCGCGGCGUAG